UGUUUAUUACUGAGCUGUUCAUGGUCUCUGGUGCUGAAACACUUAUCACUGAAACACAAUUAAUAAAUAAUUUAAGGCUGCAUUUCUAAGAAGAGAAGUCAGUUCUCCUACCAAUUCUGAGAGCUGAAACACAAUUUAGACAUGCUAAAACAGGAUGCCACAACCUUGUGAUUAAGUGCACUAGUAAGUGAAUGGAACACUUUGUGGUUACAGUCAGAAACAAAAAUAGGUUUCAAACAACUUUUCAAAACCCACGGCAAUAAACAUCUGAAGUAAAUGCAUUCUUAUACAAAUAAACAAAUGCACCCGCACACAUCAUGGUAAUUCUGGGGGAUUUAGAUAUCGAUGAAAACAAUAGCCACGCAGUUAAAAUGCAAUACAAUGCAAUGCACUACAGGAAACCCACAACAACGAUCAGCACUUCAGGUUAUCUCCAUUAAUACAUUAAACAUUAUACUGUCAAAAAAUACAAGAAGUCAUUGUGAUGUUAUUGUUUGUUUGAAUUUAUCACCUCUGAGCCUCUUUAAAGGUCUCACAUAACUGCGUUUGUAAUAAUAAUCACUUUACCAUAUUGAAAAGUGUAUAAAGUGUUUAACAUUCCAUUAAAUGGAAAUGUGUAGUGAUUCAUAAUUAAGAUAUAAAAAAAGAAAAAAAAGAAAGACCAAGACAAGACCAGCGGGACAAGACCCGAAUUACGUAACCCUCAGCUAAAAAAAACAAAAAAAAACAAACCAAACACAAGUGAUACCUCCCACUACAAUGAACCAGACCAUUCACACUGAAGCCCCUUAUCAGUCACUGAGAUGGAGCGAACAAGAGUUACAGUCAUCACACUUAUGUGUGUGUUGUUCUGUAAACAGCAGAGAGUGUUUGGGUUAGAAGUGGACAUGAGAGUUAAAGCAGGAGACAGCAUCACUCUGUACUGUGACUGUGUCAUAUCAUUAGGAUCACACAUUGUUUGGUGGAGAAACUGCUCACAUGAGCAUCAACCAUCUCUGUUAAUAGAUCGUACAAAAAUAUUCAAGGAGACGUUUCCACGUUUCAGUUUUGUGCUCAACAGCUCCGGUAACUCCUAUGAUCUACAUAUUACAAACAUCAGUGUCUCUGAUGAGGGAAUAUACUACUGUGCCAAAAGAGAAAAUAAAAUAAAUACAGAUGCAGGCGGCAUCAUAAAUGCAAAAUCUGAUUAUGAGUAUGGAAACAAGUCAACUCGUCUCUCUGUCUUGGAGUCAGUGCGUCCUGGUGCUGAGAGGUUCAACACCUCCUCCACACCUCCUGCAUCAGACUGUGUGCUCUGCUGGACGCUGCUGUUCAGUGUGUGUCCGGUGUGUGUUCUCCUCUUCUCUCUCCUCUCCUCCAUCUGUGUGUACUGCUUCUGUCAGAGGAAAACUACAGGUUCUGAAACACAGACUGAGAACAGACGUGAUGAGGGUGGUGAAGUGUGUUAUGCUUCAUUGGACAUGCCUUCCAUACAGCAAAAAAAGCUGAAGAAAAAAAGAGUUCAGCGUUCAGACUUCAGUGUUUAUUCUGAGGUCAGAACUAAAGGACUAUAAAGUACAGUUUUACAAUUUGUACCAGAUGGUUUUCAAAAUAAUUAGAGAAUAAAAUUCUUCGUUCUCCUAUGUCAUCUAGCUGCGUUUUUAUUUGAUGUAUGACGAUAUGUUCCAGACAAAGAACAUAAUAUUUAAUGGAUUCUCAGAAUGUGU